AUGAAUUGGAUUGUUUUGAUUUGGCUCUUGGCUGUCACACAUGUCUCCGUAAAUCAUGUGUACUGUGCUUCUCGUGAUCGAGCGGGCCGCUUCAUGCUUCAUUUGGUACGAUAUUCGAGAUAUCACGAAACAUUGCGUGGACUCGAUGCACUACACGACCUUAUGAGUAGCGUCAUUCGGUUGCUUAAGAACAUAAACAAGAGAUUCGGCUGUGCUCUGA